UUUACUAAUGCAGAUCAAAAAGAACUAGAAAGUUUGUUAGCACGUGGGUUUUAUUCUGCUAGUAUUUCGUUUAAUAUUUUGGAAAAUGAAGAUAUAAAAGCUUUUUUUUCAAGAGCAUUACCAUAA